AUGACGACCAUCUCUCAACCACCCGGUCUAUACAUCACUGGGCUGGGACACCAGUAUCCUCCUUAUCUUCUGGGACCUGGAGAACUUGAUAAGUUUGCCGCACGCUUUUAUGAUGUAGAGCGCCCUGGAAUCAAAAAGCUCCUGCAAAUCAACCGCUCCUCCGGCAUCGAAACACGCGCCGCUAUCCGAUCAUACGAAAACGGAUUCGCAGCUCAGUCCAUUGCGCCAUCAAUCAGUGAUAUCGAUCAGUUCUAUCGAAACGUCGGAGUCGAUCUUACCAGCCAAGCUUGUAAGAAGGCACUGCGCGAGUCUCAUAUUCGUCCUCAACAAGUUACCCAUACGAUCGGAGUGACUUGUACUAAUCAAGGUAACCCAGGAUAUGAUCUUCUAGUGAACCGCAAACUCGGUCUUUCCCCCAAUGUUGAUCGUAUGCUAUUGCAUGGCGUUGGAUGUGCGGGUGGGCUGGCUAUCAUGAGAGCUGCAGCACAAAUAGCCUGUGGUGCUAGUAUGCGACGAAAGCCUGUUCGCAUUCUCGCCUUUGCAUGCGAGUUAUGUACCCUGAAUGUCCGACACGAUCUCGAGGCCGCCGAGAAAUCUGCAGAUUCGGAUAACAUUAGCAUCGCGGGGGCCUUAUUCUCGGAUGCUGCAGCCGCCUUCGUUCUUUGUAAUGAGUAUGCGAUGGUAGCAGAAGAAGAAGAAAUUACACCCCUAUUUCAAUUAUUAGAAUGGGGAAACGGCCUGGUCCCUGAUACUUUGGAGCAUAUGGCAUUCUUUGCCGAUGUUGACGGCUACCGAACCGUGUUGACUCGUGAUGUUCCGCAAUACACCAAGAACGCGAUCGGUCCAAUGUUCAACCAGCUGCUUCCUUCAUACCAAAAUCAGCUUGGAUCCGGUCAUGAAGUGGAGGGAGAGCCAAAGGGAGAGCCCCUUGGUGUUAGCGACUUUGACUGGGCACUUCACCCCGGCGGAGAAGCUAUUAUCGAGGGCGCAAAGCAGGUCCUGGAACUGACAGAGGAUCAGCUGAAGGCUAGUCGAGAAAUCUAUCGUACUCGUGGGAAUUCAUCUAGUCCGACAGUUCUGAUUGUCCUUGAUCGACUUCGGUCGUUGAGCAAAAAGGAGCAUAUUGUUGCUACCUCUUUUGGUCCUGGACUUACGAUUGAGAUGGCAAUGUUGAGGAGGUGCGAUGCGGAUGACAGCUGA